CAACAUAUAUAUACCGCUGAAAAACGGAGGCUAAAAACCCUGCAGAUUCUGAAGCUUCAUCGCGCCGAUUAGCUCUACCUUCUCAUCCCGGAGUUCCGAAAACGUAAACCAUGGCGGAUGUGGAAGCCGAUGUUGCAGUGGCGGGGCAGCCAAAGAAGAGGACGUUCAAGAAGUUCAGCUUCCGAGGCGUCGAUUUGGAUUCUUUGCUGGACAUGUCCACCGAUGAGCUCGUCAAGCUCUUCACUGCCCGUGCACGCAGAAGGUUUCGUCGGGGUUUGACAAGGAAGCCAAUGGCUCUUAUCAAGAAGCUUCGUAAAGCGAAAAGGGAAGCACCUCCUGGUGAGAAGCCAGAGCCCGUCCGAACACACCUUCGGAACAUGAUCAUUGUGCCAGAGAUGAUUGGAAGCAUCAUUGGUGUUUACAACGGCAAAACCUUCAACCAAGUUGAAAUCAAGCCAGAGAUGAUUGGCCAUUACCUAGCAGAGUUCUCCAUUUCAUACAAGCCCGUCAAGCACGGUAGGCCCGGUAUUGGUGCCACCCACUCUUCAAGGUUCAUUCCUCUCAAGUGAAAAUCAGUGUCGAGUUCUUGCUUAGUUUUGUUAUAUUAUUACAUGAAACUUGGAUGUUGAUCAGAUUUUGUUCUUAGUUUCUGCCCAUUUUCUAUGCUUUAUAUAGCUGAUUAGUACUAUGGAGGCUUGAGCUAUUUAGUUUUUUGAAGCUGUUGUUACUGUUAAAAUUUUUAUUCUACUUGUUUCAUCUAAAUGUAGACUUGGUUGUACCAUUCAGUUUUA